AUGAGGGAGGAAAUUGAGGCUCUUCAUGCUCAAGGUACUUGGGAUUUGGUUCCUCUCCCAGCUCAUAAGAAUCUUGUUGGUUGUAAAUGGGUUUAUAGGAUCAAGAAGAAUGCAGAUGGUUCUAUAGCUAGGCAUAAGGCUCGCUUGGUUGCUAAGGGAUUUAGUCAAGAGGAGGGUAUUGAUUAUUAUGAGACCUUCAGUCCGGUAGUUAAACCAACCACGGUUCGAUUAAUUCUUGCUCUUGCUGCUCAGUUUCAGUGGUCCUUACGGCAGCUUGAUGUUAAAAAAGCAUUCUUGCAUGGGGUUCUUCAAGAGGAGGUUUAUAUGACACAACCUCAAGGCUUUGCGAGUAAGCAUCAUCCUUCUGACUUUGUUUGCAGACUCAAGAAGUCCUUGUAUGGUUUAAAACAGGCUCCUCGUGCCUGGAACGAAAGGUUUACUAGCUUCUUACCAAGCUUGGGUUUUCAAGCUUCAAAUGCAGAUCCGUCUCUCUUUAUUCAACAUUCAUCGCUUGGUACUGUGGUUUUGCUUCUUUAUGUUGAUGAUAUCAUUCUUACUGGCAGUAAUUCCUCUCUUAUUACAUCUGUAAUUGGUGCUUUAACUCAGGAGUUUGAUAUGAAGGAUUUGGGCCAGUUGACUUAUUUUCUGGGGCUGCAAAUUUCAUAUCAGUCUGCUGGCUUGUUUGUGUCUCAAACUAAGUAUAUCAAGGAACUGCUUGACAGGGUUGAUUUGCAGGAUUCAAAACCAUGUCCUACUCCUUGUCUCCCAUAUCACAGACUGUUGAAAGAUGAUGGCAAACCUUAUUCUCAUCCAGAGCAGUAUCGAAGCAUUGUUGGUGCUCUGCAGUACCUCACUUUCACAAGGCCAGAUAUUGCCUUCUCAGUGAAUCAAGCUUGUCAAUUUAUGCAUAAUCCCAUGGAGUCUCAUGUUGUGGCUGUUAAGAGAAUCCUGCGGUAUUUGAAAGGAACUCUUGCUUUUGGCAUUUGGUUUAAGCCUGGUCUUCUUCAUCUGCACGCUUAUAGUGAUGCUGACUGGGCUGGGGAUCCUAAUGAUCGCAGAUCUGUUUCGGGAUUUAUUGUUUACUUAGGCUCUACUCCUAUUUCUUGGGCUUCUAAAAAGCAACAUACUGUCUCUCGUUCAUCCACUGAGGCUGAAUAUAGGGCUUUGGCUAUUGCUGCUGCUGAACUUGCAUGGAUCAGACAGUUGUUCUGUGAUCUGCACGUCCCAUUACAUGUUCCUCCUUUAAUUCAUUUAAGGAGCAAUGGGAACAUAGCAUGUCAUGGGGAUUUUGAUUAG